AUGGGACCCAGCGGGGCCGGUCUCUCAGAGGGACUCAGAAGGACUCAGUGGGACCGGUCUCUCAGAGGGACUCAGUGGGACCGGUCUCUCAGAGGGACUCAGUGGGACCGGUCUCUCAGAGGGACUCAGAGGGACCGGUCUCUCAGAGGGACUCAGCGGGACCGGUCUCUCAUAGGGACUCAGCGGGACCGGUCUCUCAUAGGGACUCAGCGGGGCCGGUCUCUCAGAGGGACUCAGAAGGACUCAGUGGGACCGGUCUCUCAGAGGGACUCAGAAGGACUCAGUGGGACCGGUCUCUCAGAGGGACUCGGUGGGACCGGUCUCUCAGAGGGACUCAGAGGGACCGGUCUCUCAGAGGGACUCAGAAGGACUCAGUGGGACCGGUCUCUCAGAGGGACUCAUGGGACCGGUCUCUCAGAGGGACUCAGUGGGACCAGUCUCUCAGAGGGACCGGGGAAUGUGCUGGACUCUGGAGGCUCCUCUGUUUGUGGGUCACACACAAAGGACCAGUCACUGCUGAAGCAACACAAUCAGACACACAACAACAACACACUGUAG